GGAGGGAGAGCCGGGCUGGAGGUUUCCUACCCCCUCGGCGGCCAGCACCUGCCCCCCCCCCCGCGCCCGCCCUGAGCCCGCCCCGAGCCCGCCCCGACUGAGCGGCCGGGGGCGCCCCCACCUCUCUCCCCCCGGGCCGGGGAGCCGGGGGGCAGCGCCGGAGCCCGGGGGGAGCGCGGCCCCGCCGGCCGGCCGGCCCGGGCAGGGAGCAGCUAGGACGGCCCCGGUCCAGGUGGAGGCCACAGAGGGCCCAGGGCGAGCAAGGGCAGCGAUGGUUGGUCCUGACGGUGGCUGAGCCCCCAGCCCCUGGAAUAUGCAGCCCGGGGGAGCCCCAGGCAGCGGCGAGGACGCGGUGGCGGAGCGGGGCGGGAGGCAUGGUCUCCACCUACCGGGUGGCCGUGCUGGGGGCUCGAGGCGUGGGCAAGAGUGCCAUCGUGCGCCAGUUCCUGUACAACGAGUUCAGCGAGGUCUGCGUGCCCACCACCGCCCGCCGCCUCUACCUGCCUGCUGUCGUCAUGAACGGCCACGUGCACGACCUCCAGAUCCUCGACUUCCCGCCCAUCAGCGCCUUCCCUGUCAACACGCUGCAGGAAUGGGCAGAUGCCUGCUGCAGGGGACUCCGGAGCGUCCACGCCUACAUCCUGGUCUACGACAUCUGCUGCUUUGACAGCUUUGAGUACGUCAAGACCAUCCGCCAGCAGAUCCUAGAGACGAGGGUGAUCGGCACCUCGGAAACGCCCAUCAUCAUCGUGGGCAACAAGCGGGACCUGCAGCGUGGACGCGUGAUCCCGCGCUGGAACGUGUCACACCUGGUGCGCAAAACCUGGAAGUGUGGCUACGUGGAGUGCUCAGCCAAGUACAACUGGCACAUCCUGCUGCUCUUCAGCGAGCUGCUCAAGAGCGUCGGCUGCGCCCGCUGCAAACACGUGCACGCCGCCCUGCGCUUCCAGGGCGCGCUGCGCCGGAACCGCUGCGCCAUCAUGUGAUGCCGCGCCCGCGGGCCGCACCCGACAGGCCCGGGCCGGGAGGGGGCAGGAAGAGAACUCCGACCGUCGGGCCUGAAUCGCCCCCGCCGCCACGCACCUGCCCCGGAGAGGCCGAGGGCGAGAGGGAGCUUCCCCUUAACUGCCCCGUCCUCCCCGCUCUCCCACGCCUGUCUUCCUGGGACGGCCGCCGGUCGUGCUGUAGUUAGUGCAGUACCCGGCCCGGCCCCAAGGGGCGCCGCCGCCUUUGGCGAUUUAGGGGUGAGCACGUGACAUGCAGCGUGGGGGUGGGGAGGUGCUGCCUUGGCCGGGGGGAGAGUGGGGUCCCCAUCGGUCUUCUCCGGAGAGUGUGUCCGUCAUUGCCCCGCGUCUUCCUUCCCGGGUCUGUUCGUCCAAGCGUCUGUUGGUCCUCAGCUGUCCUACCCACCCUCCAGUGCCCCUCUCCACCUCCAGCUUCGUUCACAGGGCUCUCAUUCCAUCCUUCCCCUUGUCACAGAUCCUGGCAGCUUCUUUGUGAGGCCAGCCUUCUGACCGUCGGCACCACCGGCACAGGGCAGAGAGAUGCGGGUGGCCCAAGGACCACAGCUGGGGUCCGACGGUUGAGGUCCUAGAUCAGUCAGGGGGAGAAGGCUGAGCUCUCUCCCUUCCAGGGAGACCUCCCCACCCAGCAGCCCCCAGAGACACAACAACCUACCUUCCAGCCUUAACUCGAUGGUCCGUCCCUGCCGGGUGCCCCUCACCCCCUUCCUGACCCUAAAGCCAGAUCACCCCCUGGGUUAGUUUUUGUUUUUUUUUUUCCUUGACAGAGUAUGGAGAAAGAGUGACCCAAAGGAUAGAUUUAUUUCCGUGAAGCCAGGUUCCAGCCCGCUGUCCCCUUCUGGGCUGAGUGGGCUGCCAAAUUGGCUGAAUGUUGGGUUGGGGCGUGGGGGCUGGUGAUGGGCGGGGCGCCGAAGGGGGCAGGCAGGUUGUGCUAGUGCAGACUCUCUCUUCAUCUGACCCCAACUGGACUGCCCCGGACCCCAGCCUGCCUUGAAUCUCAGAUUACCUUGGUUAAUCUGGGGAGGGGCAGAGCCAGGAAAAGCGUUACAGGGACCCCUGUGCUUGGGGGAGAUAUCCCAGCAUCCCCGCCCCUAGACGGAAGCCCUGCAGGAUCUGAUGCCCUCUUGUCCCAACAUCGGUUUACCCGAUGCCCUGACUCACUCCGCCCCAUUUUCUCCGGCUGCCUGGCCAGUUUCUACCUCUUGUCACCGGAGCUGAUCACUGUCAGUUUUGUACCGAUUUAGAAAUAACAAAAAUCAUGAAGCUACUAGGUGCGGCCUGAAGGAUUACUGGGGGACAUGGAGGGCGGGAGAAAUGGGUGCGAACCCCCUGCCUCCUGGCCAAGUUCUCCUUGAGACCGAGUCCUCAGCCCUGCUCUGGUGGGAGGAUAGUGAGGCCCCUUGUUAGAAGAGGGACAGAGAGAACAAUCUAGCCUCAACGGAGCCAAGCUGUGGUGCAUUGACCAGGAAACCAGGUAGCCCAGAGUGGUGAUGGGGAGGGGUCCCGGGUGGCCACCAUCAUCUGGAUCCAGUGUAGGAGGAAGUUUCUUUUCUCCCUUCUGCUCCCCCAGGUGAUCCCACCACCACCACUCACUGGGGGUAACACAGCAGUGACUGCCCUGACCUUGGGCAGUCCAGUGUUUUGGGGUUCUGGUCCCUGCUGUGCUGCAUGACUUUGGGCAAGUGACCUACCCUCUCUGAGCCUCCCUCUGAAGUAGAGGAGGUGGCUCCCUUCCCCCACACAUUGGAGUGGCUGGGAGGGUAAGGAAGAGGGCCUGCCCCCCUUUUAUCCCUUGCACCCUUGCCUCCCUGAUUCACCAGGGGGACAGGGUGAGGGAUGGCAGCACCUCACCUGCCCCAUCACUGUCACCCCCAGCUCUGAGGCACCUGAGGUGAGGGUGAGGGACCCAGGCCUCGGGCUGCCCCGUGUGGGAGCCAUUGGAAUGUAUUGCCUGGCCAGCCCCCCUCGCCCGCCCCAACCCCCGCUUUACCCCAGAUCUUUGAUUUUGAUUCCUUCUGCCCCCAUUCUGAGUCUCUGUCCUUCUUCCGCCCUCCCUCCCCAGGGUUUCCCACCACAGGGUCUGGAAGCGUGUGUGACACCCAUUGCGCUGUGAUCGGAAGUCAGAUUAAAAAUCAGGGAGUGUUUUCCCUCGUUUCUGUA